AUCUAAGAAAGCAAAAAACUCAAUAGAUAAAUCUACUGAGACUGAUAAUGGCUAUGUGUCCCUUGAUGGGAAGAAGACAGGUAAAAGCAGUGAAGAAUGUAUGCAGGCCCAUGAACGUCGAUGUGAAGUGAUUAAGCCUGAAGAGUCAGGGUGGAGCGCUGCAACAGUGAGAGAUACCUUCAACAGUCACAGUCAUCACAAAGAUACUCACAGGACUGUGACAAAUUUAUCAGAUGAAGUUUCUAGUGAGGAAGGGCCUGAAACUGGAUAUUCUUUACGUCGCAACGUGGAACGCACUUCUAGCGAUUGUACACUUCGAAACAGGAAAUCUCACCAUUAUAAGAAACACUAUCCUCUGGAGGAUACACCUAAGUCAGGUACUAGCUGCAGUUCGCGGUGUUCAAGCUCCAGACAAGAUUCUGAGAGUACGAGGCCAGAAUCGGAAACUGAAGAUGUGCUGUGGGAGGACCUCUUACACUGUGCAGAGUGCCACUCUUCCUGUAGCAGUGAGACAGACGUAGAAAGCCCUCAAGUGAAUCCAUGUGUGAAGAAAGAAUACAGAGAUGAUCCAUUUCAUCAG